GCUCCGACGCUCGACCCCGCAAUUCCACGCAUGCGCGUCAGGGAUCUGCCUAUUGGCGCUGCGAGCCGUUGUCCAGCAGAGGCGAGUCAACCGUCCGUCACUCUGAAGCUCCGACAGCAUCUGCAGUAAAGACAACAAAAUGCGUGAGUGUAUCUCCAUCCACGUUGGCCAGGCUGGUGUCCAGAUUGGAAAUGCCUGCUGGGAGUUGUACUGCCUUGAGCACGGUAUUCAGCCUGAUGGACAGAUGCCUAGUGACAAAACCAUCGGUGGAGGUGACGAUUCCUUCAACACCUUCUUUAGUGAGACAGGAGCUGGCAAGCACGUACCCAGGGCAGUGUUUGUGGAUCUGGAGCCCACUGUGAUCGAUGAGGUUCGCACUGGCACUUACCGCCAGCUUUUCCACCCUGAGCAACUGAUCACCGGAAAGGAGGAUGCAGCCAACAACUAUGCACGUGGUCAUUACACAAUUGGCAAGGAGAUCAUCGACCUGGUGCUUGACAGAAUCCGCAAGCUGGUGAGAAGCUGGAACUUUUUAACAGUUGUUGUUUUUUUUUCAAACCUACAUCAUGUUACUCAAUUUAACCAUCGUUUUAUUGUUUCUUCACCACAGGCUGACCAGUGCACUGGACUGCAGGGCUUCCUGGUCUUCCACAGCUUUGGAGGUGGAACUGGCUCUGGUUUUACCUCCUUGCUGAUGGAGCGUCUGUCUGUUGACUAUGGCAAAAAAUCCAAGCUGGAGUUCUCCAUCUACCCAGCUCCACAAGUGUCCACCGCUGUGGUCGAGCCUUACAACUCCAUCCUGACCACUCACACCACUCUCGAGCACUCUGACUGUGCUUUCAUGGUGGAUAAUGAGGCCAUCUAUGACAUCUGUCGUAGAAACCUCGACAUUGAGCGUCCCACCUACACAAAUCUUAACAGGUUAAUCGGUCAGAUUGUGUCCUCAAUCACUGCCUCCCUCCGAUUCGAUGGUGCCCUGAACGUUGAUCUGACAGAGUUCCAGACCAACUUGGUGCCCUACCCCCGUAUCCACUUCCCUCUGGCCACCUAUGCCCCAGUGAUCUCAGCUGAGAAAGCUUACCAUGAGCAGCUUUCAGUGGCUGAAAUCACUAACGCUUGCUUUGAGCCAGCCAAUCAGAUGGUCAAAUGUGAUCCACGUCAUGGCAAAUACAUGGCCUGCUGCUUGCUGUACCGUGGUGACGUUGUACCUAAAGACGUCAACGCUGCCAUUGCAACCAUUAAGACCAAGCGCACCAUCCAGUUUGUGGACUGGUGCCCAACUGGCUUUAAAGUUGGCAUCAACUACCAGCCACCAACAGUGGUUCCUGGCGGAGAUCUCGCCAAGGUCCAGAGGGCUGUGUGCAUGCUUAGCAACACCACAGCUAUUGCAGAGGCUUGGGCCAGGCUUGAUCACAAAUUUGACCUGAUGUAUGCUAAGCGUGCCUUCGUGCACUGGUAUGUAGGAGAGGGCAUGGAGGAGGGCGAGUUCUCCGAGGCCAGAGAGGACAUGGCUGCUCUGGAGAAAGAUUACGAGGAAGUUGGUGUUGAUUCCGUUGAAGGAGAAGGAGAGGAAGAGGGAGAGGAAUAUUAGAUUUCCCAUACUUAUUACAGUGUGUAGAAGUCUUAAUACAGUAUGUCAUUCCAUGUUAGAACUGUCAAAUAUCCUCCAGACUGUGUUUUACUAGCAGUAUGAUGUGGUACCAGAACAAGUAUUAACAGUACAGCUGGUUUAUGGUUCUCUGUAGCCCUGAAAUGCUUAAACUGAAUUACAAUGAAGGUCAUUAUGGUCAUUCUGUCUUUGUGUAAUUGACAACCCAAUAAACCUUUUAAAAUAA